UUCACACAAUCCACCCUGCAGCGGAUUUAUCCCGCGGACUCCGGAGCCAACGCCGCUGGCUCGGCUGGUUCCGCUGGACCCGUCCACUGGAUCCACGCUGCGUGCUGCCGUGACGCUUCCGGUCACCUUUACGCAAACUUGAACUUGGUGAAGCUGCUCGGGGCAGCCGUGCUGCGCACAGCCCCCUCCCUGCGCCUCCUCUUCCUCCUCCUCUUCUUCCUCCUGCUCCCGCAGUACCGCCAGCUGGGCUGGAACGGGACACUUUGGCCGAACCUUUACCUGCUUCCCGCACCGCUGCUCCGGACCGCUGCCCGCCUUCCGCCGGCUGGAGGCUGCGGACGCCGGGGAUGCUCCCCGCGGGAUGAGGCGGCUGCUGGUGGACCGCCCGCGGUGGAGUUGAAGAGGUUGCGGUGGGAUCACGCAGACAGGGGGGAGGGGGGCUCCCUCGGAUCUCAUCCGGCCAUCUGGAGAGGAGUGCGGGACACAAAACGCGCCUGCAUGAUGCCGCCAUGUUUCCCUGAUCCGCCUGGCUGGCAGCCAUCAGCCUCCAAUCAAUAACCAAUGAGCUCCUGAGGAGGAAACCGGAGGAACCCAGAUCCAGUUCUGAACUUUAACUACAGUCACGAGUUAAGCAGAAGUUCUUCAGAGAGGCGUUGGCCUCAGACUGGUCCCGUUGUGAGUCCUGUUGUCCUUCCUGAUGCCGCCAUGCCCAUCAUCAGCAACACCAACCAUGACUUCAGCAACCUGUCGGUCAGCGACGACAGCAGCCUGGACCGCAUCUUCACCGAGAUUCCAGAGACCGAGACCAUCAAGGGCGUCUACUACCAGAGGGCGCAGUUGAUCCGCAGGCAGGAGGACCUGGUGUCGGUGGACCACGCCCUGCUGGCUGUGAUCAACGUGGGGGGAAACCGCUACACCUUCCCCUGGACCACCCUGCAGCAGUUCCCCCUCACCAGACUCGGCCGGCUCUGCGGCUGCCGGUCGCUCGAGGACAUCGCCAGCGUGUGCGACGACUACGACGAAACCAGGAAGGAGUUCUUCUUCGACCGCUCUCCGUCCGCCUUCAAGGUCAUCCUCAACUUCCUGGCAGCGGGAAAACUGCGGCUCCUGCGAGAGAUGUGCGUCCUUUCCCUUCACGACGAGCUGAACUACUGGGGGGUGGAGAUGGCGUACAUGGAGCGCUGCUGCAAGAGGAAGAUGUACACCCGCAUCGAGGAGGUUCACGAGAAGGAGAGGCGGGAGGAGGAGCGGCGGCAGAGAAACGCCAUGCAGCGCCUGCCGGUGGAGGAAACCAGGUACAGGAAGGUGAUGAACUGGCUGAGGGACAUGGUGGAGAAUCCCCAGUCCGGCCUGCCGGGGAAGAUCUUCGCCUGCCUGUCCGUCAUCAUGGUCGCCGUCACUGUGGUCAGCCUGUGCAUCAGCACCAUGCCCGACCUCAGGGAGGAGGAGGACAGGGGCGAAUGUUCCUCCAAAUGCUACAACAUGUUCAUCAUCGAGACGGUGUGUGUGGCCUGGUUCUCCCUGGAGUUCGUCCUGCGCUUCGUCCAGGCCCGCAGCAAGCUCGACUUCCUGCGCGGGCCGCUCAACAUCAUCGACGCCAUGGCCAUCCUGCCCUACUACGUUUCCCUGGUGGUGAGUGAGGAGGACCAGAACCGGGAGACGGACCGGCCCGGCGGAGGAAAGGGCUACCUGGACAAGCUGGGGCUGGUGCUGCGGAUCCUGCGGGCGCUGCGGAUCCUGUACGUGAUGCGGCUGGCGCGCCACUCGCUCGGCCUGCAGGUUCUGGGGCUGACGGUGCGCCGCAGCACGCGGGAGUUCGGCCUGCUGCUGCUCUUCCUCUGCGUCGCCGUCACGCUCUUCUCCCCGCUGGUCCACCUGGCCGAGAGCGAGCUCACCGGCCCGCACGACUUCAGCAGCAUCCCCGCCUCCUACUGGUGGGCCAUCAUCUCCAUGACGACGGUGGGGUACGGCGACAUGGUGCCGCGCUCCAUUCCCGGCCAGGUGGUGGCGCUGAGCAGCAUCCUGAGCGGGAUUCUCAUCAUGGCGUUCCCCGCCACCUCCAUCUUCCACAUGUUCUCACGCUCCUACCAGGAGCUGAAGAUGGAGCACGACCGGCUGUUCAAGGAGGAGGUGGCAGCUGCCGCGGCCGCCGCCGCCACCGGGGGCGCUGUGGAGCCGCAGGGAGAGGAGCAGGCGGCGGGGUCGCCCCCUGCUGGGCCUCCGGACCAAACCAAGGAGCUCUGCAUGGAGGCGCUGCUCCAGGAAGCCAACAACCACAGUCUUCCAGCUGCGGCUUUCUGAAGGUUCUUCACAAAACUUUAAAGCUGCAGUUUGCAACUUUAAUUAAAAGAAAUAAAUGGCUUUGAUAUAUUUGAUAAAACUGUCUCCAUGUCAUGACAGUAGUUGCGUUUCUAUUACAAAUGUGAACAAAUUUUUGUCUAUAUUUUGCUCAAGUUGAAAAACCAAAAUUU